CUUACAAUCAGGAAAAGCACGUGUACAAUAACCUUGCCUCCUUCCAUGCAAAGCAAAAGCAACCACCCUCUAUAUACAAUCCCAUCCGAUCCGAUCCGAUCCGAUCCAAUCCAUAUCAGCGCCAACGCAAGUCGAAAACCUAAAUCCUUUGAUUGCGAGCUUUGUAUCUCCGUGGUUUUGUUUUUAAUUUCAGCUUGUAUUUCAUUUUUCGUGUGAUUAAUCAUGGCCGGUCAACAAAGCAAUCCGAUACCGGCGAUGACAACUUAUCAACCAUUGCAGUCCCCAGUGAUGGUGAUCGGACCACAGUUUUUGGCACAGUACCCGGUGGAUCUGAGAGUGGCUGCCAAGCUUUUGUCUCUUGGAGAAUGUAAUUUGGGCGUCACCGACGUUAAUGGAACCCUUAUUUUCAAGGUGAAAAGUAAACUAUUAAGCAUUCGUGAUCGUCGCUAUUUGCUUGAUGCCGCUGGUAACAUUCUUGCCACUUUCCAGCAAAAGAUAUUGACUGCGCACAGGAGAUGGCAAGUUUUCAGAGGAGAUAGCACAAACGCCCAAGAUUUAAUUUUCAGUGUGAAGAAGUCUUCAAUGAUCCAAUUGAAAUCAGAAUUAGAUGUAUUCCUAGCUACCAACACUGCAGAAAAUGUUCCUGAUUUCAAGGUCAAGGGAAGCUGGUCUGAGAGGUCAUGUAUCAUAUACCUUGGACUAUCCAAUAUCAUCAUUGCACAGAUGCAUAGGAAGCACACACUUUCAAGUGUUGUGUUUGAUGCGGAUAAUUUUGGCGUGACUGUGUAUCCCAAUGUUGAUUAUGCCUUCAUAGUUGCACUUGUAGUGAUUCUUGACGAGAUCAAUGAGGAUCGCCGUGGUGAUGAUUAGAUAGCAACGUAUUGAUGUUUAUAGAAGAAUGGUUUGCAUUUCUUUGUUGCUUUCUCUUUGAGAACACAUGUUAUUUAGAUCAUAAACAGUGGAGGUUGAUAAUGACAUGAACUGUUGAAGAGAACUUUAGAUUCUAAGUUGUGUGUUUCUUUCCUCAUGAAAGCAUUGUGACAUGAAC